AACGAACGGAAUGCAAUCUUCAAUCAAUCAAUUUUAUUUUCACUAAUAAUUUUUUUAUUCCCCCUUUCGAUUUGAAUUCAAAUUUACACUUUUUUUAUUACAAUUACAAUGCUGGAGCCCAUCGCCCGUGCCGUUCAGAGCAACUCUGCUUUCCGCGCUAUCUGCCGCCCUCUCUCCUCCGCCUGGGUCAAUCUUUCUGGUUACCGCCGCUACGGUAUGAGGUACGACGACCUUUUGCGCGAGGAAACCCCUAUUAUUCAGGAAGCCAUCGCUCGUCUUAAUCGUGACGAAACCGACGGCCGUGUGUAUCGCCAGAAGCGCGCUUUCCAGUUGUCACUUUCGCACCAGGAAUUGCCCCUUACCCAGUGGACUAAACCCCAGGAUGACUACAAGUACUUGCAGCCAUUGAUUGAGGAGGUUCGUCUGGAACAUGUUGAGCGUGAUGCUUUUAACUCAAUGACUUUUGUCAAAAAGUAGAAUAUAUAUAUAUAUAUAUUUACUUUUCAAAUUGUUUUUCUCUUUUUUCAUUGGAAUAAGUGAACAAUAAAUAUUUAUUUCAUUUUA